AUGCUCGUCAGAUGCUCCCUCUACAGGAAGCAGAUUGACGUGUGCUACGAGUGCGGAAGGCUGGGACACCGCGCCGACGUGUGCCCCAAUCCUAACGACAAGAUUUGCCGUGGAUGCGGACGCAACAAUCCGGCACCUGACCAUCGAUGCGAGCCGCGGUGUCGACUAUGCGGCAAGGGACACUUCAUGGGAGACCGCAGGUGCAAGAGGCCGAGAAGCACGUCGAUGACGCGCAGUGGCGGCGGUCCGGGCACCGCAGCUGUGGGCCACAUCAACCAACAAAGUCAGCAGCAGCAGCCGUGGCAGCAACAACAAGGUCACAGGAGCACUGAGAAACAGGUGAGCUCGGCGGCUGUCGCCGCUUCUCCCGGCGGCGGAGGCGCUCCAGCGGGCCGCCCUGGUGGGCCCGCCGUCGGCGGCGGCGGUGGGAACUAG